CCGGAAGUAUUUUGGAUUGAGGCGGUUUAGAACCGGAAGUAGCGCCAUUACCUACGACGUUCAGUCGGCGUGUUAGCAGAUCGGCUACUUGCUUUAUCCGUCAGAGUUGUAACAGAAGAUUAAACAAAAUGAGUCUUUUGAACAAACCAAAAUCGGAGAUGACCCCUGAGGAGCUGCAGAAACGUGAGGAAGAAGAGUUCAACACCGGGCCGCUGUCCGUCCUCACGCAGUCCGUCAAGAACAACACGCAGGUGCUCAUCAACUGCCGCAACAACAAGAAGCUGCUGGGUCGAGUCAAAGCCUUCGACAGACACUGUAACAUGGUCCUGGAGAAUGUAAAGGAGAUGUGGACAGAGGUGCCCAAGAGUGGAAAGGGAAAGAAGAAGUCCAAACCAGUGAAUAAAGAUCGCUACAUCUCCAAAAUGUUUCUGAGAGGAGACUCGGUCAUUGUGGUGCUGAGGAAUCCACUGAUUACCGGCAAAUAACUUGUACACUCACUCUGAAACAUGUAAACACACAUACAUAUAUACACACACACACACACACACACACACACAAUGGUGGCUUGCUCUCAGUGAGAGACUUGGUGUGUAACAGCAGUACUGAUUGUGUCCCUUUGACUGGCUUGUGUUCUGAAUAAAUGUUUUGUAUUUACAGUCA